AUGACGACAUUCAUUUCACACGAUAAUCAACUAGAAACAUCUAAACAACAUCAAUAUAAAUGUCGAAAAAAAAUAAAUGAAAUUCAUGAAUUAGAUCGAACAUUUCAUAAAAAAAAUAGAAAUAUGCUAAUUGAUGAUCAUAAUAUUGAUCAAGCUUUAUUAUCCUUAGACACUUGUAUUGAUUCUAAACAAGAAAAUAUUCUUAAUAGAAAUACAGUUAGAUCAAUUUCAGAUACAUUUACAUCUGUGACAAAGAAUCUAAAUGAUUCUACUAAGCAAUUGUCUUUAUUUUGUGAAAGUUCUACUAAUGUGGAAACCAUUAAAUCUAAUAUAGAAGUCAUUGAUGAUGAAAAUCAUAUUAGUAAAAAAGAUGAAAAAGUAAAUUAUGAAAUACAUGUUAAACAAUCAACAGAUCCAUGUCAAAAUAUUUCAAUAAUUAAAAAUACUAGUCAACGAAAACGACAUAUUAUGAUAAGCUAUGAUCGUUCAUCAAUAAAAACUUGUCGUAAAAUUUAUCAUCAACUUGUAGAAAAAAAUUAUAAAGUAUGGAUAGAUCUUGAACAUAUGUUUGAUGAUAUACUUGUUGCAAUGGCACAAGCAAUUGAAAAUUCAUAUAUUAUUCUUCUUUGUAUUAAUCAACAAUAUUAUGAAAGUGAUUAUUGUCGAUUAGAAGCUGUAUAUGCUGCUGAAAAUCGAAUUAAAUUUAUUCCAUGUUUAAUGGAAAAAUCAUUUCAUCCUCAAAGUUGGUUAGGUUCAAAUUUUCAUAUUGAUUUUUCUUCAUCGGAUGAUUUUGAUCAAUCAUUUAAACAAUUAAUUCGUCAGAUUACUUAUAUUGAAAAAGAAUUAUCUUUAGAACCUCGUCGUACUCCUGCUUCUAAUUCAAUUAUAAUAAAUCCAAUGAUAGCAGCAUCAAUAUCAACUUCAACAAUAACUGAUAAUAUAAAUUCAUAUAGAUUUGAUUCGAUUAUUUAUGAAUAUAAAAGAAAAAUAAAUAAAACAAAAUAUCAUUUAAAUGAAUUAAAUCGAAAUGAAUUAUCUGAACUUAUAGGUAAAAUUCGUCAAGAAUUAUUUAAUGAAAAAACAAAAAUAUUAUUAAAUAAUGAACAAUCAAAUGAUGAAGAUUAUAAAAAAUUUGUACAACUAUUUGUUGAUCAAACACUUAAACAAAAUGAAUUAUUAUUAAAAUUAAUUGAUGAUUUAACAAAACAACAAUCUAUAGAACAAUAUAGAAGACAUAAUUUUAAUGUGAAUAAUAUACUAAAAGUAAUAUUGGGUAUUAUGCUUUUAUGGAUAUUAGUUUUAUUUUGUCAGAAAUAA